AUGGUGCUCGCUUCUCUGCGCAACUUGCGCUCGCAGUGGUUUCCGCCAGCGCCCACGUUCACCGAGGAUAAUGUUCCGCCGCAAGAUGGCCGCGUCUUCAUCGUCACCGGGGGCAACGCGGGUGUCGGCUUCGAGCUUGUGAAGAUGCUCUACACCACGGGCGCCACCACAUACAUGGCGUCAAGAUCCAAGGUUGGUUUCGCCACCAAAUCAGAGGGCUCAUCGGCAUCUGCCCGUCGCAUCAUCAACUCCCGCUCCAUCAUUCUUGACACUAACCACCUACGACAGGAACGAGCCGAAAAGGCCAUCGAGACAAUCACCACCGCCUCCCCAGCCCCCGCAAACCCCGGGCGCAUCAAGAUCCUCCUCCUCGACCUCAACGACCUCGAAAGCGUAAAGUCCGCCGCCGCGUCCUUCGCGCAGCGGGAAUCAAAGCUCGACGUCCUCUGGAACAACGCCGGCACCGGCGGCUACGGCGUCAAACCCGGCGCGACAACAGUACAGGGCUUCCAGGCCAUGGUCGGCAUGCACUGCAUCGCCGCACAGCUCUUCACGCACCUCCUCAUCCCCCACCUCCGCGCAGCCGCCGCGACCGCGCCCAAGGGCUCGGCGCGCGUAGUCUGGACAUCCAGCUUCCUCGGCGAAGGCGGCACGCCCACCAACGGCAUCGAUUUCGACACCCUGGAAAGCGGCACCCCGGACCUCGUGCAGAACUACGCCGUCUCGAAGCUCGGGAACUGGAUGCUCGGGCGCGAGAUGGCGGUGAGGUACAUGGCCGACGGCAUCGUCAGCGUGGCGCAGAAUCCGGGGAACAUCAGGGCGGGGUCGUACGCGGGGACCCCGGGGUGGGUCAUGGUGCUGCUCGGCCCGCUGAUGUACGAGACGAAGCUGGGCGGGUGCACGGAGCUGUAUGCCGGGUUGUCGCCGGAGGUGACGCUGGAGCAGUCGGGGUGUUAUGUCAUUCCCUUUGGGCGGAUUCGGGCGGAUGAGGAUUGUCCGAGGAAGGAUCUUCUCAAUGCUAUGAAACCUGAGGCUGAGGGUGGGUUGGGGUAUGCUGCGAGGUUUUGGGACUGGUGUGAGGAGCAGUGGAAGCCGUUUGUAUAG